AAGACCGUUCGGAUUAUUAUUCACUGUACAUCGCCUAUAGGCUAUCAAGUAACGAUAAAUCAACUCGUAUGUACAUUAUAAUACAUUUGAUACCUGUAAUAUUAUCUUUGGAAGUUUUGAAAGGCUGCCAUUCUGCUCUCUGCCAGACGCUGGGUACAUAAUACACGUUUGGGCUGAAGCAAGGUCCAGUCUCACAAUGGUGUCAGGGUACGCUCUCGUCCUUGUGGCUCUGAUAACCCUCCUGCUUUUCGUACUUAACCGCAAAAAGAAAACGAACGUCCCUGGUCCGCCUUUCCUUCAAGGUCUGAAAGAAUUCUCAAGGAGCGUCAAGUCGAACAAACUCCAUGUCUUGGCUGCCAAGUGGGCGGACAAAUAUGGCGACCUCGUGUCGGUGAACGCCGUAAUCAGCAAGGUCGUCUUCAUCAACAGUCCCGCGCUCGCUCGUAAACUUCUCUCAGACCCUAGUACGAGAGACAUCAGCAACGACAGACCUCCGACUUACCUAGGCAAAGUAUUCUUAAAUGGAUACAAAGACAUUAUAACUGCCCCGCAUGGGAAAGAACAUAGCCAGAGGAGAAAACUCUUUCACAACGUUCUAAAGUUCUACGGUGAAGGAGUUCAGGGCUUUGAAAAUCUAAUGACAAACACAAGCAAACAUUUGUGUGAGCGUCUGGCAAAGUACACUGGGAACACACCCCUAGUGACAGAAAUCAGUGGUUACAUCGGCUGGGUAGUUGGACUUUUGCUAAAGGGAAAGGACGUUGCUCAAGAAGACAUUGAGUCAAUGCAGAAGUAUAUUGGAAUAGGAAAUGAAGCUUUUAUAUUAGAAAAUGAAAUCUUCCUAGAAUCAAUUCCUUACAUAGCACAGGUUCCUGGUUUCCGGCUGAAUGAGCUGGUGAAAGGGUUUGAAAAGGUGGACAAAGAGAUUGACGUAAGAUUCCUAACAUCUGUUCGAGAAACCUUCAAGAAAGGCGAAAAGACUGGCAUCAUAACUGAUUUGUUGGAGCAACAGAACCAAUUAGAUAAGAAAGGGAACUUCGCUGACAUGUCCGAUGAAAUUGUGCUCUGCCUUGUCAAGAAUAUCAUUGCCGCAGCCAACCUUACGACAGCAGGGACUCUCAGUGCUUUAAUUUUGUUGAUCAUCGAAAACCCCAAGAUACAGGAGCGUAUCUAUGCAGAGAUCUGUGAAGUUAUCGGUGAUAACCCUCCGAGUUUUGACCACAAACGUCUAAUGCCUUACACGGAAGCGGUGAUCCUGGAAACAUUAAGAUAUUGUACAGUAACGCCUUUCCUUCUACCCCACUACGCCAGGGAAGACAUCGACUUCAAGGGUAGUUUCAUUCCUAAAGGAACCUUCCUUCUCCUGAAUGCAUGGUAUUUCCACCGCAGAGAAGAUUUGUGGGACAAGCCCUGGACCUUCAACCCCGACAGAUUCCUAGACGCUAACGGCCAACUGUUGUCUACAGAACAUCCAACACGCCAGAACCUUCUGGCGUUUGGAACCGGCAAACGUGCUUGCCCUGGGGAAAGUUUCGCGAGGCUCCGCAUCUUUUUCAUCCUGGUCACAUUGGUCCAACAAUUUCGUUUUCUUCCCCCUGUUGGCGCUGAGCUCCCUUCAACGAACCCGGAGAAUUGGGAGACGAAAUCUGUGAUGGCACCGCAUGACUACACAUGCCGCUUGGAGCGUCGGUCUGCUGCAGAGGCUGGAAUAUAGAACUCAUGGCGGAGAGGUGGUGGGCGGGGGAGGUUGGGAUUGUUGAGGGGGUGAGGGAGAGUGGGUACUGAAAUGAUGGUGUUCUGCUGUCCCUACACCGAGUUGAAACGACUCACAUUGGACAAGAUGACAUAAAAACCUAUAGCAGUGACCACUAUAAAAUAUAAUGUGUAUUUGAAGCCUCACGCUAGUCUUCUGCUAAAGAUCUAAUUCGAGGAUAGGAAGGAGAAAGAACAAUUAUCGAUUUCAAAGAGACAUUUUCAAGACAGUAAAAAAAACCCAACAACCAAGCUGUUUACAAGUUUUCUUCUCGUGGAGAGUUAAUAACAACAUCUUUUCUUACUUUUUUUUCCACUGGCUGAUUUUACUUAGUUCAGCCGUGUGGGGAGAAUAUUUUUAUCGAGGAUCUCAGACUUUCUGCUGGGACGUUGUAUCCCUUUCACCGCGGGUUAGCCCCACAAGGCAUGGUCGAAACUCGCCAACUCGCUUUUUGCAUGAUCUAAUUUGUAUAUGUGGGGGCGUAAAAAGGCUAACAUUAAAUUCUAUCAUUUGUUUGUAAAUGCCCAUUUUGUAAAUAUGUUGCCCUUUGGAAGUCUACAUCCAUGAUUUUCUGAACUCACGUCAACUGGCAUUUCAGGAACGUUUUGGAUAACAAGCCACAAUAAUACGCGACAUGUCCCAUUCUCUUUUAGGACAUUUGUUCGCGCUCUGAUAUUAUAAUAUGCAUAACUGUCUUCGUAACUUUUGUCCAUCAAUUUUUAUGCCAUUUUAACUUCUUGAUUUUAUUUUGUAUACAAAACCGUUUGAAUUGAGAAGUUAAUGUAAAUAUGACAUUUUAAUGCACAGUUAUUAUUAUGAUUAUAUUUUGAUCGUUUAGUGCUUCAGUUUAGGUGUGACUUCAGAAUGGAAGCUUUCAGUGAUAAAUUCAACAAAUUUUGAACAUUUUGCUAUAAUGGCAAACGUCAUAUCUGUUAUCUAUCUAUCUGUUUAUGUGAGUUACUACGUGAUCAACACGGUAUUCUUCCCCUUCCCAUGGGGGGGAGGGGGGUUCGAUCAAAAACAAAUCCGAUAAGAUGUGCAACACUAUAUAAAAUAUGUUAGUCGAGCAUCUUAAAUUCUUCUUCAUAACACUUGUCUUGCCUCAUCAAUUGAAAUUUACUUUACUUUUCCGAUCCAGCGGCCAUUUGGGUUCUAGCCCUUCGCUCUGUCGAUAUGGCAAAGAACUUACA